AUGACGCGAGCUGCCGCACCGCCGAUUCUGCUGCAGCUAUACAGCGCCGAAUCGGUUUCAUCGCAAAUUAAAGCCCUGCGGACCUUGAAGAACGAACUCAUCGGACAUGAUCAACGGAAGGAGGCAUACAUCGCCGACGGGAUCAUCCCGGCGUUGGCACAGGUCUUGACCUCGAACUGGCCAGGCACACUGGAACCCGAGGAGCUGUCAUUGCAAGAUCGAGCUAGUCGAAAAGAGGAAUCUGAUGCAUGUCUCCAAGCGACUCUCAUUGUGGGGAGCUUAGCACAAGGGGGCCCAACGUUCCUCACUCCGCUAUUCGCCAGUAACAUAAUUCCACGCCUACUCUCAAUACUAUCAUCCCCAGAUUGCCCCGACGUUUUCUGUCUCCCCAUUCUCCGACUGUUGAACACGAUUGCCGACCGACUGCCACUACAGAGCCAAGAACAAUGGCCCCGAGACACACAACUUGCGGACCUGGUGUUCACUUCUGCGAACAUCGGCUUUCUGAGACGGACUCUAUCGCAAGAUUACAAAACUAUGCGCAACCAAGCGGCCAUCGAGCUCACCGCUUCUUUGAUUGGCAAGCUGUGCUCGGAGGAAUCCCAUAAGACGGCGUUGGCAGAAUCUGGGGUGCUGGACGCCCUGGCACUCAAGAUUGCAUCCUUUGUCGUGGCGAAGGGCUUCGUGCUACCUGGUGCUGAAGACCAUCUUCACGAACCUGGAGCCUUAGAAGAACUCCCCCUUCCCGCGCCACCGUCGGCCCAAUUAGCACCCAUUUUGCGCGCAGUGGCUGUCAUCAUUGAACAGUCUAAAUGGAGGGCUGAACAUUUCUUGUCGUCGCCAGGCAUUGUCACAGUGUUUCCCAAGCAGGUGCCUGGGUUCGCUCCGUCUGACAUCAGAAAAGCUCCCUGGGGAUCCACGUACCUGUCAGGCUCCGCAGUGCCGCGGCAUGGCACAAAUCCCAUGGAGCAGCUCUUACCCUCGGUUCCUUUAGCACACUCAAAGUCUUCAUCACACCCGGCCAACUUCCCACCCUUGGGACAUGGAGGUUCUCAGCGUCGGUCCAGUCAUUCGUUCGCCCAGCCUUUGUCGCUGGCCGGAACGCCUUCCCCGGAGGACGACGAAAAUAUGAUCGUCCCCUGGCUGCUAUGCAUUCUUCGCUCCGAAAAUGGUGUUGUACGGUUAGUGGCGGCGCGUCUUGUCGCAAUCCUCUUUCGCCUGGGGUUGGCAAAGAAACACCGAGUCUCAAUGUUCAGUUAUUUGUUGAUUCCAAUUCUGGUUCGGAUGCUUGACAAAGACUUCCGUUUGACGGAUGAAGAUAAUGCUCACUACGAUGGAUUGAUUUCACCAACUCAGCGGUUGAAGGAAGAAGCACCCGCUGUGCUGGCCAACCUUGUAAUGGAUGACCAGGAGCUGCAGAGACACGCAGUGGAAGGUAAUGCUCUGAAGCGACUAUCACAACUCCUCAAAGAAACGUACAACCCCGUCUCUGAGAGCUCUCGCCCCAUGUGGCAAGCGGAGGAUGGCCCGGCUCUAGAUAUUGAGAGUCUUUCCCCAGAGUGCCGGCUGGGGCCUUCUGGCUACUCUCCCACCCUGUGCCACGUCAUGCGUUAUCGAGAAAACAUCCUCAAGGCCCUUGCAGCCCUCGUGCCAUUUAAAGAUGAGUACCGCAAGGCUAUAUGUGAGCAUGGCGUGGUUCCUUACAUCAUCGACGCUCUCAAGCCAAGGCCCAGCGAUGCACUGGCCGAUGCUUCGAUGCCCCGAAACACUGCCGAGGAUGGAAACCCCAUUCCUACGAUUCUGGCUGCCUGUGGCACCGCUCGAAUGCUGACCAGAUCGGUGAGCGUGCUGCGGACUAGUCUGAUUGAUGCCGGUGUCGCCGAGCCGCUUUUCACUCUCCUCCGCCACCCCGACACGGAGGUGCAGAUCGCAGCCACGGCAGCAAUUUGCAACCUGGCUCUAGACUUCAGCCCUAUGAAAGAGGCUAUUAUCUCUGCCAAUAUCAUUCCCAUCCUUUGUGAACACGCCCACUCGACCAACACCAAAUUGCAAAUUGAAUCAUUAUGGGCACUUAAGCAUAUGGUCUAUGAUACAGCAAACGACAUUAGAAUGAACAUAGUUCAAACGCUGGGUCCAGAAUGGAUUAUGCAGGUCAUUUCCCGGGACCCAGUUCGUGCAGUUGAAAGACCGGGCACGGAAGAAGAGCUCGACGGCAGUGGGAUUGCCAUGGGUCGAUCCAACUCCGCCGGCGAACAAGUUGAUAUCCUCAACCCAAUGGACGAUGCCACGGAGUGGGACGAAGAUCUCAAAAUGACCGACACCAUGCCUCCCUCUAAGAUGAGUUUGGACAUGUUCCUACCCGACGCACGGCGGCGACGCAAACUUGUCCUGCAUGGAUCCUUGGCGCAAACGACCCAAUCCCGCCAAGACGAUAUCGCCGUCCAAGAACAGACGUUUGAUCUCCUGCGCAACAUGAUCUGCGGCGCGGAUGCAUCAGAGAUGAUUGACUAUCUCUUCCGAGAGCUGGGCCAUAAGGAGCUCCUCGAUACCAUUGUCGAGACUCUCCAACCUCGAAACAUUCAACUUAAUCACCGCCGCGAGCCAGCCACCCCCGUCCAAAUCCCCUACGAGAUCAUCAAAGCUGCCACAGGGCUCCUCGUUCACUUGGCAGCAGGACACCCGCGCCACCGCCGGAUCGUUGCAUUCCGUCGUGAUUUGCUGGAGGCGUUGGGUAAUUACUUUAAUCACUCGCACAAGGAUAUCCGAUCGAAUUUUGUUUGGAUCGUGAUCAACCUCAUUUACGAAGAAGAUACCAAUGAUCGCGAGGGAUGUCGUGAGCGAGCGGCGCGUCUAUGGGAGCUGCACUACACGGCUAAACUGACUAGCCUUGAGGGGGAUUCGGAGUUGGAUAUUGUGGAGCGUACUAAGACUGCUUUGCAUUUAUUGCACAGAUUGGAUGAUCCCACAAUGACAGCAGUCCCAGAGCCAAUCCUGCAAGCCCUUGCACUCCCCUCCAAAGCCAGUCUUUCCAAAGGCCUAGGCUCCGGCUUCACAAGCACAGCAACGAUCCAUGCUCCAGCCCCGGACUCAGACAACCACCGUCAAUACUUUGUCAAAACCUCAUCCAACGGCACAGCUGCCGAAGAAAUGUUCACUGGAGAAUCCGAAUCCCUCAACGCAAUCGCAGCCUCCGUCCCAGGCUUCUGUCCCAAAGCAUUAGCCCACGGCGCCCUGGACCAAAAAACACAUUUCCUAGCUACCGAAUACCUCGACCUAGGAAUCCGAGGAAAGUCAACAGGAGAAGCAACACUCGCACAGCGACUGGGGAAAUUGCAUAGCACGCCUGCGCCUCCAGAUCCAGAAACCGGCAAACGCUUCGGCUUCCCUGUACCGACAUUCUGCGGCGACACGAAACAACCCAACCGGUUCUGCGAUAGCUGGGCUGAUUUCUAUGCCAAUGAGCGUCUGUUGACUGUUCUUGGUACAUCUGAAGAGCGAAAUGGACCAGAUAAAGGAUUGAGGGAAGCCGUUGAGCAGAUGGCUCAUGUGGUUGUGCCGCGGUUACUUGGGGAUGGACAUUUAGGGUAUAAGGAUGGGGUGGGAGAAGGGAUUAUGCCGGUUGUUAUUCAUGGAGAUUUGUGGAGUGGGAAUGCGGAUCGGGGACGGAUUCUUGGGGAAGAGCCUGGGGAUGUGGUUUAUGAUCCUUCGGCUUGUUAUGGGCAUAGUGAGUUCGAGUUGGGGAUUAUGAAUAUGUUUGGUGGGUUUGGGGGCAGAUUCUUUGAGGAAUAUCAUGCUAUUGUGCCGAAGACGGAGCCUGUGGUGGAGUAUAAGGACAGGGUUGAGUUGUAUGAGCUGUAUCACCAUUUGAAUCAUCAUGCGAUCUUUGGGGGUGGAUAUCGUUCGGGAGCUAUGGCGAUUAUGGAAGGUCUUAUUCGGAAGUAUGGGAAGGAGUAG